AGUUGGAAUCUUGUUCAGUCUGGAGUUAAAUUUUGAACUAAACGGAAGCAAAAAAUAAGUAAAAAUAAAAGUGAAAACAAGUUUAAAUAAAAAAAAUAAAUAUCUUCCCUUAACAUAGUACACAUACACACACACCCCUUAAAUCAUUCAUACAUACAUAUAUGUGAAAAUAAAAUAUAUAUAUACCAGAAUAUAGUAUAUAGAAGGAAAAAAUUCAAAAAGUGCUUUAAAUAAUAUUAAAUGUUUCAAAAUCUUAUUGCACCUUCUUCAAAGUGAAUUAUUUUUUUAAUUUAAAAUAAGUUUUUUAAAGUUUUUAACACAUUUUUUAAUAAGAAAAUUAAUAAACCAAAAAUAAAAAAAGAAAAUUUUGCAAAAAGAAAAAAUAUGACUAAGCAGUGACGACAUACGCUUACACAAUUUCUCUAUACUAUAGACAGUAGAAAAAAAUUCUAAAACUAAUAUUUUCAUAAGAAAUUAAAUAAAUUUUAUAAAAAUGGUUACGGAAAAUGGCACACAGGGCGAUGGUAAUACAUCGUUUCUGCGAGCAGCCAGAGCUGGAAAUCUAGAUAAAGUAUUGGAACACUUGAAAAAUAACAUUGACAUAAAUACCAGCAAUGCUAAUGGAUUAAAUGCCCUGCAUUUAGCUUCCAAAGAUGGACACAUUCAUGUUGUGUCGGAGCUGCUGCGACGAGGUGCAAUUGUUGAUAGUGCUACUAAGAAAGGUAACACAGCGUUGCAUAUUGCCUCAUUGGCUGGUCAGGAGGAAGUUGUUAAAAUGCUUUUACAACAUGGAGCUUCCGUAAAUGUACAAUCUCAGAAUGGUUUCACACCAUUGUAUAUGGCAGCUCAGGAAAAUCACGAUUCUGUGGUCAAGUUGUUAUUGUCCAAUGGAGCCAAUCAAAGUUUGGCCACAGAGGAUGGCUUUACACCACUGGCAGUUGCUAUGCAACAGGGUCACGAUAAGGUUGUGGCAGUUUUACUCGAAAGCGAUACACGCGGUAAGGUGAGGUUGCCGGCCCUGCAUAUUGCUGCUAAAAAGGAUGACGUUAAGGCAGCUACACUGCUUUUGGACAACGAUCACAAUCCAGAUGUCACUUCAAAAUCUGGCUUUACACCUUUGCACAUCGCCUCGCACUAUGGCAACCAAGCUAUAGCUAAUUUAUUAAUACAAAAGGGUGCCGAUGUAAACUUCUCGGCUAAGCACAAUAUCAGUCCUCUUCACGUGGCUGCUAAAUGGGGCAAAACCAAUAUGGUUUCCUUGCUAUUGGAAAAAGGAGCAAACAUCGAAGCUAAAACCCGUGAUGGACUUACACCUUUACACUGCGCAGCACGUUCGGGUCACGAACAGGUUGUAGACAUGUUAUUGGAACGAGGUGCACCAAUUAGUGCUAAGACUAAGAAUGGCUUAGCUCCUCUACAUAUGGCGGCCCAGGGUGAACAUGUAGAUGCUGCCCGCAUUUUACUCUAUCACCGUGCUCCAGUUGAUGAAGUCACCGUCGAUUAUUUGACCGCACUCCAUGUGGCUGCACAUUGUGGUCAUGUGCGUGUCGCUAAGCUCCUAUUGGAUCGCAAUGCGGAUGCCAAUGCCAGAGCCUUAAAUGGAUUUACCCCUCUGCAUAUUGCUUGUAAAAAGAAUCGUAUUAAGGUUGUUGAAUUAUUGUUGCGCCAUGGCGCCAGUAUUAGUGCAACCACUGAGAGUGGUUUGACACCACUACAUGUGGCUGCUUUUAUGGGUUGCAUGAAUAUUGUUAUCUAUUUGCUGCAACAUGAUGCUAGUCCCGAUGUACCCACUGUACGUGGUGAAACACCAUUGCAUUUAGCCGCAAGAGCCAAUCAGACUGAUAUAAUUCGCAUUUUGUUGCGCAAUGGUGCCCAGGUAGAUGCUCGUGCUCGAGAGCAACAAACUCCAUUGCAUAUUGCUUCACGUUUGGGUAACGUGGACAUUGUUAUGUUGCUCUUGCAGCACGGUGCUCAAGUUGAUGCCACCACUAAGGACAUGUACACAGCUUUACACAUCGCUGCCAAGGAGGGUCAAGAUGAGGUGGCUGCUGUUCUAAUCGAAAAUGGUGCCGCCUUAGAUGCUGCUACCAAAAAAGGUUUUACUCCCCUACAUUUAACUGCUAAAUAUGGACACAUCAAAGUGGCUCAACUACUGCUGCAAAAGGAAGCUGACGUCGAUGCUCAAGGCAAAAACGGUGUCACUCCCUUGCAUGUAGCUUGCCAUUAUGACAACCAGAAUGUUGCUCUUCUACUGCUGGAGAAGGGCGCCAGUCCACAUGCUACAGCAAAGAAUGGUCACACACCACUUCACAUUGCGGCUCGCAAAAAUCAAAUGGACAUUGCUACAACUCUCUUAGAGUAUGGAGCACAAGCAAAUGCUGAGAGCAAGGCUGGUUUUACUCCUCUGCACUUAAGCUGCCAAGAGGGUCAUAGUGAAAUUUCAAACUUAUUAAUAGAACACAAGGCAGGUGUAAAUCAUCCGGCCAAGAAUGGCUUGACACCAAUGCAUCUGUGUGCCCAGGAGGAUAAUGUUAAUGUUGCUGAAAUAUUGCAACGCAAUGGAGCCAAUAUUGAUAUGGCCACGAAGGCUGGCUAUACACCUCUUCAUGUGGCCGCUCAUUUUGGUCAAGCAAAUAUGGUGCGUUUCUUGUUGCAGCAUGGCGCCAAUGUUGAUGCUGCUACAUCGAUUGGCUAUACACCGCUACAUCAAAGUGCCCAGCAGGGUCAUUGUCACAUUGUAAAACUCUUGCUUGAACACAAUGCAAAUGCCAAUGCUCAGACUACAAGUGGCCAGACACCGUUGGAUAUUGCUCGUAAAUUGGGCUAUAUCAGUGUAUUGGAUUCACUCAAAUCGAUAACUGACGAACCAGAAGGUUCCACUCAACUGCAUUCGGAUGAAAAAUAUCGUGUCGUUGCCCCAGAGGCCAUGCACGAAUCUUUUAUGUCGGAUUCGGAAGAAGAAGGAGGCGAAGAUAAUAUGCUUUCCGAUCAACCUUAUCGAUAUCUGACAGUUGAUGAAAUGAAAUCCUUAGGAGAUGAUUCUCUGCCGAUCGAUGUGACACGCGAUGAACGUGUCGAUUCUAAUCGUAUGGCACAAAGUGCUGAAUAUGGUGCCGGCUUACAGCAACAACAACCGAUUGUCGAAGAAGCUAUUAGUCCACAUAAGGUUCAGACCUAUAAUGCCGCAUCUGGUAAAUCCAUGGUCGAUGGUAUUUAUAUGGCCAAUGGUCUUAGCGAAGAUGAUCACCAACAUGUUGGCCGCAAACUGCAGUGGAAGAGUUUCUUGGUUUCUUUCCUGGUAGAUGCUCGCGGAGGAGCUAUGCGCGGUUGCCGCCACAGUGGAGUUCGCAUGAUUAUACCAUCACGUUCUACUUGCCAGCCCACUCGUGUCACUUGCCGCUAUGUCAAACCUCAGCGCACCAUGCAUCCUCCUCAAUUAAUGGAGGGUGAAGCAUUGGCUAGCCGUGUUUUAGAACUUGGUCCAGUCUCCACUAAGUUUAUCGGUCCUGUCAUCAUGGAAGUACCCCAUUUUGCUUCAUUACGUGGUAAAGAACGCGAAAUUAUAAUACUGCGUUCCGAUAAUGGUGAAACUUGGCGGGAGCAUACUAUUGAUAAUUCCGAAGAGAUAAUACAUGAUGUUCUGCAACAAUGUUUUGAGCCUGAAGAAAUCGCUCAAUUGGAAGAGCAAGCUGGAAAUCAUGUCUGUCGUUUUGUUACAUAUGAUUUUCCACAAUAUUUCGCUGUGGUAACUCGUAUACGUCAGGAGGUACAUGCAAUUGGCCCCGAGGGUGGCAUGGUAUCCAGUACAGUAGUGCCACAAGUUCAGGCCGUAUUUCCACAAGGUGCUCUAACCAAGAAGAUAAAAGUUGGCUUACAGGUAAAUCUAUUUAAACCACGCAAAGGUGUUGCGCCAGAAAAACUACGUAAAAUAAGUGUUAAUCAUGUACCAAAGAAGAAGCGCUUCUCGCUAAUUUGGUAAACGAUUUUAAGGCAAUUAAUAUAUAUCAUCUAAACACACACUAUAAAGCCUCUUUAGUUGAGGUGAAACAUUACAUAAGAUUUUAUCAAAAAUACCAAUCUAUAUGGUUUCUUUGAACUUGACUUUAUUAUUUUACCAAUAAAUACAGAUACGAUGCUAUAUCACGUAUAAUUUUCAUAUGAUACUACUUACAACUUUUAAUGCACUCUAUUGCUUAAUCUUCCUCUUCCUUAAUCUUCCAUUAAUAAGUAUUUGAACAUUUGCAAAAAUAAUUACAUAACAAUUUGGAUUUUCAAUAAAAACUAACAAAUUAUGUUUCCUUUAUAUAUUUUGCUAUUUAAAAAAUUUUAUUUAAUUAUUCAUAAAUAUUGUUAUUAAUAAUCUAAAAAGAAAUGCAGAUUUUGGAGACGUGUUAGCAAUUUUUAACUGGCUUAAACAAUUUAAAUUACAACAAAUAUUUUUACAAAAUUUUAGAGAUUAAGGGACUUAUUCAUAAACUUUUAUCAAAGGUUUAUAAAUCAAAUUUUCAUACAAAAUUUGUACUAUAAACCUUUGAUAAAUGUUUAUGAAGGCAGUAAAAUCCAUUUCUUAAUUAAGAAGCGAUUUAAACAUAUUUUUACUGUAGUUUCAAAAUUCUAAAUUUUUUCUAAAUUUGAAUUAAUAGGUUUGGAAACUAAAUUUACCUUUUAAUAUUUGCUUAUAGAACUGCGAUCAUUAUUAUUGAUUGUAUGAUUUAAAUAUAAAAUAUUUCAAUUAUAUAUAAACUUUUUUUAGAUUUUAAAAUUUAGGCAAAGUACCUGAAUAAAAAAACUAGUUGCUCAAUAUUUCAUAAGAUAUUUAAAAUUAAAUAAAAUUGCUUUCAAAUGCAAAAUUUAUUGUAAAUACAAUUUAUAAGGAUUAAGCCAGUUAAAUAUCAACCUCGAUUCCGUUACAUAUACAUACAUUAGACCGAUUCGUUGCUAAAUUUAGAAAACCUUAUAAAGUUUCAUAAAUAAAUAGACAUAAAUAAUAAUGAAACCAUCUAUUUUAAAAAGUUUUGAAAUAAUAACACGUUAUAGUAUUGAAAAAUUUAGAUUCAGGUCCAUUUAGGUAAAUUUAUUCUCUGUUCAAUUCUAUGGAAUGUUUAAAUAUUUCUAAAUAAUUAAUUGAAUUAUAAAAAUUUUCAAUUAUUCCUAUGGAACGUAGAACUCCUUCUGAAAUAUUAAUUUUUUCAAACAUUCAAUUUGAAAUAAAUUAAAUACAUUUUAUAUUUUUCCAAAUUCAAUUCAUAAGGUCUUCUUUCAUUCAAUUUGUAUCAGAAUUAAGAAAUAAUAAUGAAUAUUAAAAAAAAAAAAACAACUUUUUUUGUAAUAUUUACAAAAAUUUCGUGCAUAAUACGAAAUAUUAUUUAAUCAAAACCUUUUAUAAUUUUACAAAAGUAAUAUCUUUUGAAUUAAUCUUGAAAAAUAGUACAUUCAAAAAUUUCGAAAGUAAUUACAAAUGAAAGUGAAUUAAUUCUCAAAAGAAUUGACGAUGUCAGAAAAUAGUAGAAAUUUUUGUAAGAAACCAUUUUUUUAAGAUUUUAAUAAAUAUAAAUCAUAAGAUAAUGACGGUCUAAUUUAUGUAUAAACUUAAAAUUGAAUAUUUCUCCUUUAGAAGUUUGUUUUAAAGUUAUAGUUUGCUUUUUCAAAUCCGAACAGAAAAUCAUUAUUUUUUCUAUUAUUAACAGAAACAAAAGUUUUACAAAGUUGCCAUAUUUUUUUCUUUUAAAAUAAAAAAUACAAAUUAAGCACAAAAUAUGCACAGAAAUUUGCUUAAAUUACUUACAUAUAAACAUUCUUUAAUAUCAAAGAUAUAAAAUACAAUAAAAAAAAUUUUGAAUUUAUUAAAAAUUAAAUAUAAAUUUAAAUGAUAAAUAACAAAAUAUGUAGAUGAUCUGGGAUCAUUGAUGCAAACAAAACAAUAUUCUUAUAAACGAGUAAAACAUUUUGCAAGAUGUUUAAAUUAUUUGAUUAUACUAAUACUAAAUAAGAGUUUAUUAUUACAAUAUAAUGGUAGAACUUUUUCAUUAAAAAGAUCAAAUAUUUUUAAAAGUAGAAGAAAAAACAGUAGAAUCUUGAUUUCAAAAUGCUUAAUUAUUUAAAAAGACAUAUCCAUAACAAUUUAAAAGACCUUUAAGCGAAAGGUGGCAGAUCAGUGGUUUCUUUAUUAUGCGUUUAUUUAUUAUUUAUUUCAUUUUAAUAUUUACCCCUAUAAUUUAAAUAUUCAGAAAGAAAUUAUAUUAGUUCGACAAUUAGCUACUGAAUCAAUGAUCACUUUUGUCAUUUUCGAUUGUAGUUUUGUGGAAGCGUUUUUUAAUCGAAAUUUAUUCAAAGAAACGUUUUUAGAACCAGUUUUUUAAUCGAUGAUUAUACCCUACACCACCAUUUUAGGAAGGGUAUUAUCAGUUUGUGUUGAUCAGGGUUGUGGGUAAUAACUACAUUUUCAAUUACAAUUACAUUUGAAGUAAUUGAAGCUUUACCAAUUACAAUUACUUGUAAUUGUAAUUGAAGUUUUUCCAAUUAUAAUUAUUUGUAGUGUGCAAUUACAAGUAA